AUGCUUGGUACACUUGCUAUUAGAAACACUGCAGUCACUGCUCCUUUUCAACUGGCUUCAUCUCGUUCUGGUAUUAAUUCUAUAAGUCGAUCUGCAUGGCAAGCAUGGGAUUCAAUUACUAUUAUUCCAUGUCUUACAAAAGAUCGACUUUCUAUUCAUUUACUUCAUCGUCAAGCAUGUCUUGAUGCUCGAAAUACGUAUAUUGAUCCUGCAACGAAAUUAAAAGUUCUUACUCGAUAUGCACAUUUACAACGUGGUAAAUGUUGUGGUAGUCAAUGUCGUCAUUGUCCAUAUGGUCAUAUAAAUGUUGAAGUAAAUUUAACUCGACCUAGAAAAAUAUUCAACACGUCCUACUAUGAAUAA